CAUGAUGUUCCUCUGGAUAAUCCGCUUUUUCUUCUUCAACCUAUACGAGAGUCCAAAAUACCUGAUGGGUCGAGGCCGAGAUGAACAAGUGUCACGCAAUCGAGGUCGUCCACAAAGUCGCAGCCUACAAUGGGAAAACGAGCAACCUCACCCUCGAAGACCUCCAGAGGGCUGGGAAACUGACUGAGACUACGAUCGACGAUGGCGUUCGUAUCGACACAUCUGCUUUGGCUGCCGUGCAGAGGAAGAUGAAGAUGGGAAUGUUUAGCAAUAACCAUGUUAAAUCCUUAUUUGCCACUCGAAAGAUGGCUUGGUCGACUACUAUUUUAAUCAUUAUCUGGGCUUUCAUCGGUCGGUGCACACACUCUGCUAAGCGUUGGCUUGAAGUUUGCACGAAAGUCGUUGAAGCUACGUUGAUAUCUGAGGACUGGCGCUCGCUUGCAGACUGA